AUGAUGCGCCGUGUCAUUGCUCAGCCCGUCGCCCGUCGCGUAGCGGCCGCCUCUAGCGCGCUCAUGGUUGCCCCUCGCCAAGCCUCCACUGUCACCCUCUCUGUCCAUGGCAUGCACUACGUCGGCACCGGUCUCGCCGCCAUCGCCCUCGGUGGUGUCGGCUUGGGUAUCGGUACCAUCUUUGGCUGCUUGCUGAUGGGCUGCGCUCGCCAGCCCAACCUGACCAAGAUGCUCUUCAACUACGCCAUUCUGGGCUUCGCCCUGACGGAGGCCAUUGGCCUGUUCGCGCUGAUGCUCGCCUUCCUCAUGCUCUUCUCGUAG